AUAAUCUUAAAAAUAAAAACAUUUCUUUAUAUCUCUUUAGUAAGAUAUAAAAGCCUUUUUUAAAAAUGUUAUUUCAGAAUAUUCUUGAUGAACGAAACAAUCACAAGGGAGAAAUUGCAGAAUAUACACUUCAAGGAGUUAUUCAUUUUUUACAAACAGAAGCAUAUCGCUAUCAGCGGGAUAGAAAUUAUUGGGAAAUUGAAUAUGCAGAAAUGAAGGCAAAAAUUUCAAAACUUGAAGGUGAACGGAAAGGGCUUGAUAGAUUAAAAGAUUUACAUUUAAAAAGAAUAAAAAUGCUUGAGGAUUCUCUUCAAAAAGAAAGAUUAAAAUCGAUGAAUCUUUUAUCACCUACAACUAGUUCUAUAAAGCAUACUCUUUUAGAUCAGUUAUCAUCUAAAACAAAAAAUAACAAUAAAUCAAAUAGUCCAGGAAAAAUAGCCGAAUCUGAUGAGAUAGCUAAACAAGAGGAAAAGGAAUUACAUUCAAAAUUAUUUCCUGAAAGCAAAAUUUCUCAUGAUAACUUACAACAAUCAACUAAAAGAACAAAAAGUCGACAAUUUUUAGAAAAAUGUCUCCAAGAAAUUACAUAUCUUAUUAAUUCUCAACCAGAUAUAUUAACAGAUAUUCCUAUUUUAUACCAAACUAAUCCUAUUCAAUCACAUUAUAUUCCAUUACAUAAUAAUUCUGCAUUAACACCAAUAUCAUCAUCAAUAAAUACAGAAGAAUCCUCUCAACAAAAUAAAAGCAAUUUAUAUGAUGAAAAUAUAAAAAUAUCGUCAAACCAAUUCUGUCAACAGAAGAAUAAAUCAUUUAAAGCGUAUGAUACUGAUAAUAUAGGCAAUUCUAUUGAAAAUAAUUGUUCAUCUCAUAUUAAUUCGUAUCCAAUUAUUUUAAAUAAAGACAUUCAUGACGGAAAAAAUCAAAAAAAUAUUUACCACUAUAAUGAAAUACUAAUAUCGAAUCUACCAUCUAUGUCUUUAAGUAAAACAUCUGAAGCUCAUCAAAAAGAUAAUCAAAUACAUAAAAAAAAAAUUGAACAUGGAGCGAUAAUUACUGAUUCCCAGCUAUUACUUGAUUCAUGUCUACAACAAAGACAUAUGGCUACAGAUAUUAAAAAUAGCAGCUGGGAUUUUAAUGAUGAUAAUGAAUUUGACGAAAAAAUUGACGAAAAUAAUCAAAAUACAUAUGCUGAAUGGAAAACCAAAUUCGUUUUAAAAAAUCACUUAACUAAUAUAAGAUCGGUUUCAAUGUCUAAAAACGAAAAUUCAGGUUAUGCAAGUAUGGCAACAUGUGGCGACGAUGGACUUGUUAAAUUUUGGAGGCUUCCAAUAAAUAAUAAAAAAAUACGGAACCAAGAUAUUAUCCCUCAAAUUACUUAUAGAGGCCAUUCUGGAAUAGUAACUAAUGUUUGUAUUGCACUUGAAGCUAAUAAAAUCUUCAGUUCGGGAAUUGAUUCUAGUAUUAGAUGUUGGAAAAUACCGGAACCUCAACGUAAUAUUUAUGCUCCUAUAGAUGACUGUACUCUUCCAAGCAUAUUUGCUGGACAUUCAAAUGCUGUAUGGGAUUUAUCUUUCCAGCCAGUAUCAAGUCUAUUAGCAUCAAUCUCUGCUGAUGGAACUAUAAAACUUUGGGAUAUUAAUCAUACUGACUCAUCGCCUCUUCUUUCCACAUUAAAUUUUCAUGGAAAUAAUUUAAACAAAUCAUCUUCUGCUAUCCCAACUAGUAUAACUUUUCUAAACAAUGAUAUAAGAAAAAUUUCGGUAUCAUGGAAUAAUGCAAUAAUUAGAAUAUACGAUAUUGAAACGGGCAGCUGUGUUUUAGAAUUAAGAAAUGAUGAAAUUUAUGAUGGAACCAAUGAUACUCAAAUUAACAAAAUUAUAAGUCUUUCCAAAGAAAAUAUGUUAAUUUCUGGUCAUGAAAAUAAAUAUAUUCGCUUCUAUGAUAUAAAUUCAGCUCAAUGUACAUAUUCAAUGCUUGGUCAUUUAAAUGCAAUAUCAUCUUUAGAUAUUUCCCCGGAUGACAGAAUUUUGGUUUCUGGAGGUCAUGAUUCUUCAAUUAGAUUCUGGGAUAUGCAAUUUCCUCAAGUUUGCAUUCAAAAAAUUUCAAAUCAUCAUACAAAAGCACAGGAGGGCGUUAAUGAUGUUUCAUGGUGGCAUGGAAGAGACAAUACUUGUCAAUUAGAGUAUGUAACAAGUGUCGGUGGAGAUGGUAUAAUAAAAGUAAAUACAAAAAUUUGA